GCUUGCGUAUCACCGUCAAUACAAAAUACGUCAUUUACCCACUUUUUAACCUGCAUUUAUUUCUCAAAUUAUAUUUACUGAAAUACUAUAUUUACACUGGCGUCGUACAACGAUUCUUUCGGAGAGAUGGAUGUAGAUCCAUGUCCUAGUUCUUCAGGUCUUACUAUGGCUCUAGCUUUACCGAAAAUCGACGAGAAUAAUGCAAUGGAAACGAAAACACCCAAGGAACGAAUUAUAGAAAUAUUAGACAUAUUGGAGGGACAUGUGGAGAAAUUACGAAAGGAGGCUGCCCAAUUGGAAGAAGAUAAGGAUCAGCUACUCUCUUCGUUGGACUCCGUUAGAAACGCGAAUUUAAUUGCUGAACUUUUAGAAAAUGACAAAGAAGAUGUGAAUAGAUACAUUGAUAGAAUCACAAGCCGAUGUCUCACUGUUGAAGUGAAAGUUCUAACGCAACGCGAUAAAAUGCAAGAGGAGGCACUGUUUCAAGUGAAUCACUUAAUUGACGGCUUAGUAAUGGCUUUGAAAGUAGAUCCUGUAUCUGCCAAGCAGCAGUGCAUUUCCUACAUGAACGCAUGCUCAUCGAAUGUUGAGCAUGCUGUCACAGAUAAACGAUUCGAAUCAGCUUUACUAGGUUGCACUUUGGAUGAUCAAAAGAGGGUUAAAAAAAGGCUGCAAGGACUGUUAAAUUAUUUUGAUAAGUCAAAAGUUACUACAAUUCAGUAGAUAAUCAAAAUAUACAUAUUUAUAUUGUAAUUUUCACUAGUAUUAAUUAAAUGGAAAGUACAAAAGAAUAUGUAUGUAUUCCAGAAGAAUAUAUAAAUUGCUUGGUCUAAUAUACCUCAAAUCAAUUAUAAAGCUCACUUCCAAACAGUGAAGAUUAUAAUCCAAUAAUUGUGAUAAAUCGUUACAUAUUUCAAUUUGUGUCCAGCUUGUACAUGUUAAUUUAUGUUAUUGUGAGGAGUUAUAUUAAGUUGACUUUAAAAGACAUUGAAUAAGUCGUGUAACCCUUACAAAAUUAGGUAAAAUAUUUAAUUUAUCACACACAGUUUUCUUUUUCCUGGAUUCAAGAUGUCAGUCACUUUGAUUACUUUUAUCUUUUGAUUUAUUUUUGUGAAAUUAACUAAGUCUUCUGUGUAUCUUUAAAAAAUUUUGAUUACUUUUUAACAAUUAUUAAAAUAUUUUCAAAAGUUAUUGUAAUUAACAUUUUAAAAAUUUUAUUGUAUUUGGUGUCAGUUUUUGUAAUAAUUAUUUGUUAACGUUCACAUUAUUUUACUAUGUUUAUUUUAAUUUUUUGUGACUUAUGAUAAUGAUUUUUAACUAUUUUUUGAUGACAGGAGCAUCCAAAAUUUUUGAUUUUUAUUAUCUGAUAAUUUUGUCUCUAAACGAAAAUAGCUGAUCAAAGAUCUCUGUACUCUUUAUAUGUGUAAAAAAUAUGUACUGACUAUAGUAAGGUAAUAAUUAAUUUGUUUUAGAAUUGCAUUUUAGGAAAGAAGGGAAAUUAUAUGCAGGAUUUCCAGUGACCAGUAAAAAAAAUGUUUGAGAUGCAGUUGUCAUUAUUAUUCAAGUAAAUUGUUAGAAUGCGACGUUGGCGAGCCAUUCAAUGAGACUUCAAGACAUCUCAACUUUUUAAAAACAUUUACAUUCAAGAGUCUAGUAGCAGUCGAAUCACCAUAAAUAAUGUGACUGACCAAUUGACAAUGGCUCGAAAACGUUGCAUUGAUAACUCGUUCACAAUAAUUUUACAUUUUAGUCUGCUGAAAUUGAGAAUUAGGCAUUUUAGUAUGCAUAAAAAAUUGUUUAAUGGAUAAUGUUGCUUAUUUGGUCUCACUCUCAACUUUGGCGAUUAGUGUCUUGCCAUGUUAUUUACUAGUUUGUACUUAAUGAUAGUUUAAUAAAUAUUUAAAUAAG